AUGAGGAUACAAAACUUGGAGUCAUUGUCAAUGUUUGAUACUGCACAACGAUCAAACAAUCCGUUGUUUUGGUCUGAUUUGAAGGAGUUGAUGGCACAUCUGGCCAAUAUCAAUACGAUUGGUCAAUCCAGCCUGCCCGACUCACUGACCAAUCUCACUCUGUCCGGUCCCUUUGAUGGAACACUCGACAUCCUUCCCGCUGGUCUCAAGAAGUUGAACUUGCGAUCUGCCGCCUCCUGGAACCGAGAGAUACCACCAGACACAUUGCCACCUGGCAUCGAAUCAAUCCAGUUUGGAUAUUCAUUCAAUCAAUCUCUGGAUGGUCUGCCCAGCAGUGUCACCAAUCUCGCACUUGGAGGCUCAUAUGAAAAGGUGAUCGAAUGUCCAUCACUUCAUUCACUAUCGAUCGAGUCAGUCAAGCCAAGAUUCUCAACCUCACCUUACCCUCUACUCACAACACUUCUGUUCGAGGGUGUUACAAGCCAGGUGUUAUCAAAGAUCAAUGGUACAGUCUUCCCAGUACUGAAUAGGCUCACAAUCAAUCAAUUGGUUGAUCAGCCGCCAGCCCCAAUGGACCUAUCAACCCUACCACCUUCUUUGAGACAUUUGGAUGUUGGACUGAACAAUAUGCCAUCUGCCUUGCCCGUGGGUUUGGACACACUACGUGUCAAUCUUGAAGCGGCCACCAACUGUCAACCACUUAGAAGUGGACUACUUCCAGACUCGAUAACCAAUCUCACAUUGGAGGGCUAUGCCAUACCAUUCCAAUUGGGCGACAUACCACAAUCUGUCACCUCACUGUACCUUCGUAAGCAUACCCUGGAGCUUGACCACAAUAUGCUACCAUCAUCACUUCGAACAUUAUGGUUUACCGUUCGAAGAUUCCAAAAGGCCGACCAACAUUGUCCAUUCAUUGCAAGAGAGCUCAGAAAACUACCUAUAACAAUCACCGAGGUGUCCAUCACCAUGCCUAGUAUCGCAGUGACAUUCAAGUUGUACAGACUCUCAGACACGGUGUUCCUGCGACUCACAAAUACUCUUGAGAAGAGUGGUAUUCUGGACAUUUCCCGUCCAGAUCUCGAAGAGUUCAUUGAUCGUGCAACCAGUGGUCACAGUUCCUUUAGCAAUACCAUCAAUGGGGACUUAGUCAAGAAGCACCGAACAAAGACUUCAAAAUGUAUCACAAUGUAA